AUGCUUCCCUUCGCACCUCUCCUCGUUCUCUGCCUUAGCCUCGCUUCAGCUACGCCUAUCAACUUGAAACGCGACUUGCCUACACCCGUAAGCGCCUCGACAGCUAGAACGUACCUAAAAGCAUUGACCAUCGAGGCUGAGAGCAACUCUCCGGCAUACGAACGGGAUUAUUUCCACACUUGGAUUAUCAUCUCAGGGAAAUGCGAUACCAGGGAGACUGUUCUGGCUCGUGAUGCGAUCUCCAUCGUACAAGCCUCCGACUGUUCUGCAACUUCGGGAAGAUGGGUAUCACCAUACGAUGGUGUUGCGACGACGCUGCCUAGUGAUCUUGAUAUCGACCACCUCGUUCCAUUGAAAGAGGCAUGGAUGUCCGGCGCGAGGUCCUGGACUGCCGCCCAGCGAGAGGCCUUUGCCAAUGACGUGACGCGUCCUCAGCUCGUAGCGGUGACUGAUAACCUCAACGAGGCUAAAGGUGAUAAAGACCCUGCGGAAUGGAUGGUCCCUCUGGAGAGUUACGUGUGCACUUAUGUCAGGGCUUGGGUUACUGUGAAACAUUAUUAUGGGCUUAGUGUUGAUCAGGAUGAGUAUGAUGCUUUGACGAGUUAUCUUGCUGAUUGUUAG